AUGUCGCAAGUACCUCAGCCCCCCAAUUUCGCCAGCAAGCUCCAGGGACAGUCUGUCCUCCUGGUCGGCGGUACUGGCGGUGUCGGUCUUGCAGUAUCUCAUGCACUGCUUCAGUCUGGAGCAUCAAUCAUCCUCACUGGCUCUCGUCAAGUCAAAAUCGACUCGGUGGUGAAUCAGCUGAAGAUUCAGUACCCGGUUCUCCAUUUCCGCAUUUCAGGUUAUGUUUGCGAUCUUGGUUCUCCACAGGUAGAGGAAAACGUGGCUGGUCUGUUCAAGCAGCUUGACAAGCUCGACCACAUCAUCUAUAUGGCAGGCGACCGUCUCCCCACGCUCGACAUCUCCGAGAUCACCGCAGACUCUGUCGCCAAGCUCAGUCGCGUCAGAGUCACAGGCGCACUCUUGGUCGUCAAGCACGGCAUUUCUCACCUUGAAGCGUCGCCGACAUCAUCGAUCGUACUGACCUCGGGCUCCAUAGCCUCCAAACCUAUGGUAGGUGGCUGGUCCAUUCUGUCCUUCAUCGGCGCCGGCCUCGGCGGACUUGCACGACAGCUUGCCUUCGACCUUGCCCCUAUCCGCGUCAAUUGUGUUGCACCUGGUGUCGUGGCGACGGAUCUGUGGGACCCGAUGGGUGAGAACGCGAAGCAGUGUUGCUUCAAGAGCGUCUCGAGCACCUAUUGCACCGGCAGAGCUGGUCAGGCUGAGGAUGUUGCCGAGUCUUACUUGUAUGUGGUCAAGGACAAUAACAUCACCGGCACCAUGAUUGACACGAAUGGAGGAGUCUUCCUCCGAUGA